UCAAGAUGUCCUUCCCCUGGCCUAUAAAUUCAGCAAGCGUCUAGCUCAACACCAUCACCUCUUCAUCAGCUCAUCCACCAACUGAGCACUGCAACAUCCAUAUCACACACUUCUUCAAAUUCUCACAAAGAUAGAUAGAGAGCCAACCAUGGCCGGUGCCAAAAGACUUGCGCAAUUGGCAAAUAAGUGGAGGGUUGAAGCACUUGGGAGGAAGAGGCUCACAAUGUCAACCAAAGAAGACCAAGACUGCUGCAGUUCUAUACCGGCCAAGGGCCACUGUGUCAUGUACACAGCCGAUGGGAGGCGUUUCGAGGUCCCGUUGGAGUGCCUCAGCACGAUGGUCUUCGGCGAGCUCCUAAGGAUGUCUCAGGAGGAAUUUGGCUUUGCAAGCGAUGGGAAGAUCACACUGCCUUGUGAUGCCGGGGUGAUGGAGUAUGUCAUGUCCCUGCUUAGGAGAAACGCCACUGCCGGCGUCGAGAGUACAUUGCUGAGCUCUAUGGUGACAUCUUGCCACUACACUGGCCAUAUGAUGCCUACUGUUGGAGCUAGUCAACAAAUUUGUUGUUUGUAGCUUCUGAAGAAUAUGAAUGCAGAGACCCUGAUGUUGCCUUCUGUUUUUUCGUAGUUUG